AUGGGUGGGCCGACGCACAUACGUCGACCCGAAACCUUGAAGAUUGAUAUCUCAAGGUACAAGGGAACCGAUGAAGGUUCCCUUUUGAGAUGGUUCGUCGAGUUAGACGACGCCAUCAGGGCCCGUCACAUCGAGGGUGACGAGAUGCAAGUCACCUUCGCCCUGUCAAAUCUGACGGGACGAGCAAAGACUUCGGCCUUAGGGCUCAAGCUUCACGACCCAAACGUGUUUGAGUUGCUGGAAAUCUUGAAUUCUCGGCUCAAAGAGACGUUUGAGUCGCCGAGAGCCGAGUUCAGAGCACGCUCUGCACUCUUGAGGCUAAAGCAAGGUAAGCGUGACGUGCACGCUUACGCACAGCACCUACGCUACCUUGCAAUUAGCGCUACGGAAAACUCUGUUGAUGAGCACACGCUCAUCAACGUGUUUAUCUACGGCCUUGUAGAUGGGCGGGUGAAGACCUACAUGCUCCGAGAGGACUUCUAUAAACUGGAAAAGGCGAUAGCGUAUGCGGAACAAGAAAACUUCAGCCCGAGACAGUCUCAGGCUAACUCGUCAAACUAUCGUCCGUCGAGACGACAGGAAACUGAAAGUUCCGAGGCGAUGGAACUCUGUUACAUCGAGAGCGAAAACUCUCGCUCUCUGAGUCACAAGCGAACGGCAAGAUGCCAUCGCUGUCAGAAGAUUGGACACUACGCUCAUGAGUGUAGUGUCCCGAGAACUGCAACACGUCCAAAUUCAGGACGUGAUGACCACCGUUGGUCAAGGAAAGGUCCGCGGCGUGGGUCCGACCAUGCUGCUAAGCCUCGACAGCAAGUCGGACCGUCAAAAAACGGUCAGGGUCAGUAG